UCUAUGUUUGAUUCAUUUUUCACGUCUGGCACCGGUGGAAAAUAAAAAAGCUAUUUGAAUGUACAGCAUGAUGAUGGAGACGGACUUGCACUCCCCUGGCGGAGCCCAGGCCCCCACGAACCUCUCGGGGCAGACAGGAGCGGGAGGCGGCGGAGGAGGCGGCGGCGGCGGGGGAAACAAAGCGAACCAGGACCGGGUCAAGAGACCCAUGAACGCCUUCAUGGUGUGGUCGCGGGGCCAGCGGCGGAAGAUGGCCCAGGAGAACCCCAAAAUGCACAACUCGGAGAUCAGCAAGCGCCUGGGGGCCGAGUGGAAAGUCAUGUCGGAGGCCGAGAAGAGACCGUUCAUCGACGAGGCGAAGCGGCUGCGAGCGCUACACAUGAAGGAGCACCCGGAUUAUAAAUACCGGCCCCGGCGGAAGACCAAGACCCUGCUCAAGAAGGACAAGUACUCGCUGGCCGGGGGGCUGCUGAGCGCCGGCUCGGCCGGGGGAGGCCCGGCCGGCGUCGGCGUGGGCAUGGGCGUCGGCGUCAGCCCGGGCGGCGUCGGGCAGCGGCUGGAGAGCCCCGGCGGCACGGCCAGCGGCGGCUACGCGCACAUGAACGGCUGGGCCAACGGCGCCUACCCGGGCUCGGUGGCGGCGGCGGCGGCGGCGGCGGCGAUGAUGCAGGAGGCGCAGCUCGCCUACAGCCAGCACCCCGGCAGCGGGGGGCACCCGCACCACCCGCACCCCCACCACCCGCACCACCCGCACAACCCGCAGCCCAUGCACCGCUACGACAUGGGUGCCCUGCAGUACAGCCCCAUCUCCAACUCGCAGGGCUACAUGAGCGCCUCGCCCUCGGGCUACGGCGCCCUGCCCUACGGCUCCCAGCCCCACCAGAACUCGGCGGCGGCGGCGGCGGCAGCGGCAGCGGCGGCGGCCGCCUCCUCGGGCGCGCUGGGCGCCCUGGGCUCGCUGGUGAAGUCGGAGCCCAGCGUGAGCCCGCCCGUCACCUCUCACUCGCGGGCCCCGUGCCCCGGGGACCUGCGGGAAAUGAUCAGCAUGUACUUACCGGCCGGGGAAGGCGGGGAUCCGGCGGCCGCUGCCGCCCAGAGCCGGCUCCACUCCCUGCCCCAGCACUACCAGAGCGCCAGCACGGGGGUGAACGGCACCGUUCCCUUGACGCACAUCUGA